ACACUUCAUACUGCACAUUCGAUAUCAUCACAUUCAGCACACAUCCAACAGGAGAAGCUCACCAUCCAGCUGGCUGCUGGCCUCUCAGUCAAGCCCGGAGAAAAGAAGACGGUUUCUACUAAGAAGAGACACAGAUCACAAAGACUGGAGCAGAAGACUGUGCCCACUCCCGGCUGCUAAAAUGAUUCUGUUGGCUGGCUUGCUGCUGCUGCACUGCUGCUCGAGUCUGACUGCAGGAGACAACACAGGACUGGAGACAUGUAUGAGGUGUUCUCAGGGACUUCACUGCAAGACCAAGGCAGGCUCUUUGCUUCCACGUCCAUGCGAAAACCCCUCCGAAGAUCUCAACACCUCCACCGUGUUCCACAACGUCAGCCUCUCCACAGUCAUGAAGUGUGCGAGGAGGCAGAAGUGCUCGCUGCAACUCGGAAUCAAAGCAAUCCUGCAACUCACUGACUCCAUCCAUGGCGUGUCCAUUUGUACCACGACUGCUGGGAUGAUGUCGAGGUGCAAAACCUUGAGCUUCACAAGGGCAUCGAGAGAAAGAAUGUCUGGACUGCAGGUUGAAAUUGAGAGUAACUGCACUGAAGUUUCUCCAAACCAGCCUGUGCAAGUAACGGUGAAAACAAUCCCAAGUUACUGUGGAAUAACCUGGACUGGCUCCUAUAUUACUCCAGGAUGCAGUCAUGAAGAUUUUAGAAGAAAUGUUCCAGAGUGCAUCACUGGCAGACUAUCGUACGAAGUGAAGCCAGACAGGAAGGAGCUAAGUGUCAAUGUUUCAGACAUGCUUCACGAUCACAACUACCACCUCCGUCUCUGCCAUAAGGAUUUCAUCUGCAGUGGCACAGGAGCCUAUACACUGAUAAAGAAGGAGCAACCCAUAAAGAGCGCCACGUUCCCAUACUCUCGACCUCUGCCCUGCCUCUGCAUUGAGGGCUGGUCGGCCGUGAUGGAUGCCCCGAGAGUCCAGGUCUGCCCAUUCAAAGACCGUAUUGAGGAACUGUGGUUUGGAAUUACCUUUGAUCCACUGGAAGAGGCUCUAUUAUGGGAGCCUGCUUGUCCGAUAACAGCUGUGGCUGCAUUGUGCCAGAAGAGAGACGACGGCGUCUGUGUGGAUCUGCCACAGUCCUCCCAGAAUGUUACCAGAGAAAAGAUAAUCUUCUCUAAGGUGGAUCCACAUGAUCAGCUGUGUGUGAAGUUUACUGCAGGCUCUGAGUCGUGGACCAAGUGCCCGUUUGCCGGUGGGAGAAUCCAAGCGUGGCAGCUGGUUGCGACAGGACGAGAGGGGCGUGAAGAAGUGAAGAUUGUGUCGCAGAUCUCUGCAACAUUUUCUGUGGGGUUGUGCGUGAGGUCUGAGGGGUCUCCUGCUUGCCAGACGGCUGAAACACACUCCAUGCAGGUGGUGAAACAAAAAGCUGUUGACUUAAACCUGAAAGGGGGACUAUGCAACUCUUGCCUCCAGGUAAAAAGGCUUGAUGUGAAGUAUGCCGCCACAGUCACUCACUGCCUUAAACAAUGCAAUGAGUCAUCACCUCUCAGUUCAGACUUGACCUGGGUAUUUGUACUGGCUGGUGUUUGCCUCCUUGGAGUAAUAUGUGUUACUUUGGCGCUUCAUGUACUACUAACAGUGUAUCGGAGGAGGAAACAGAAAAGAACUGGAGCCUGUGCCUGUGAAAAGCAAAUAGGUCCUGCUUCCAGCUGUGUGGUUUCUGUGUUACAAACUCAACCUGUUGUCCACGGAGGGGUCUUCAUCCCCGACUCACCUCAGUGUGGAAACAACGAGAAGGCCAACUUACUCUCCAAAGAGUGAUGUUCUUGUAAAUGCUUUGUUUGCAGUGUGCAGCAUAAAGAUGUUACAAAAGCAAUUAAGUUCUCUGAUGAAUUCAGUAUAUAUUUUUGGCACAGACAUUUCAAGUGGUCUGUAACUUAAUGUAGAGGUGUUGGUUAGUAUGCUUGUUUUUUAGUUACUAGAUGAUGUAUUUUGUGUGUCUGUUUGGGAGAAAGUUGUUUUAAAGUAAAAAAAAAAUCUGAAUUAAUCUUGCAGCUACAAAGGUUUUGUCUCAUAUUGUAUAUUU